GAGCUCGCGGUCUUGGCCCGCGUUGACGGCGAAGCUGACAAAGGCGCGCGUGCUGUGCUUCAAGGGGCCUUUCGAUCUCCGUCUGGGCACCUCGUCUCUCGCGCUUGCUUCGGCGAGGGCUACUCGGAUGGGAGCCGGCCCAUGGUGAAGAAGGACGACGCUGGCGUUGACGAGAUUGACGUGGCCGGGGACAAACACUUGGUCACGAAGCACGAGAAGGUGCACCCCUACCCGCGCAAGGAUGGAGACGCUGCGUUCGCCAUCGAGGCUUUCUGCCACUUCAAGAGCUGCCAUCUCUUCAACAUGGCGGACGCGCUUCUUGGUCG